GUAAUUUUCUCCGGAAAUGUGUAAAUUCAUCAGCCCUGAUUGACACCCUUCUCUUUUCGGCUCUGCCCCUCCGUUGGGUCGCCGAACUGAACUAUUUGCAGGAAUUUCGUCUACUGUCAAUAACCUUCAAAUCCAUAUCAAAAUUCGUCUUUGAUUUCCAUGGCUACCUCCGAACAUCCACCGGCUUUGGAGAUUUUGGUUCGAGGAUCGGAAGGUUUCUCAAUCUGGAAUGGCCCCCCAUUCAUCGACAACCAGCCCAGUGCCAACAAGCUACAAAGGGUUGCUUGCACGACUACAAAAUUCAGUGAAGACGGAUCCAAAUUAUUGGUUACCAAGUCCGAAACUGUGAGCAUCUACGAAUGCCGCGAUUUCCGAGAGAUUAAAUCUUUUGAAGUACCCAACUUGCUUGCGGCUACCUUGUCACCGUGUGGGACUUAUCUCCAGACCUUCCAGAAAUCUUCAACGCCUCAGGAGAAGAAUGUUGUUCUGUGGAAGGCUGCUACUGGUGAUCUUGUGUACUCUCAGUUUCAGAAGAAUAUGACAAAAGUGUCAUGGCCUGCAAUUCGAUUCAGCUCUGAUGAAACUGUUGCCUGUCGGAUGGCUACUAAUGAGAUACAGUUUUUUGAUGCUAAAGAUUUCUCUAAAGGAGUUGUCUAUCGGCUAAGAGUUCCGGGGGUGACUGCAAUUGAACUCUCGAGGACGCCUGGAACCCACAUUGCAGCCUUUGUUCCUGAAUCUAAGGGGGUUCCUGCCAGUAUCCAAAUCUUUGCUUGUGGAGAUUCACAAACUCAGCCGAUUGCUAGGCGAAGUUUUUUUCGAUGUUCGACAGUGCAACUAAAUUGGAAUAACGGUUCUACUGGACUUCUAGUUGUUGUGCAAGCAGAUGUUGAUAAAACUAACCAGAGUUAUUAUGGUGAAUCAAAGUUAAACUACUUGACAACAGAUGGGGUUCACGAAGGACUUGUACCACUUCGUAAAGAAGGGCCAGUUCAUGAUGUGCAGUGGUCACAGAGUGGUUCAGAGUUCGCAGUAGUAUAUGGAUUUAUGCCUGCAAGAGCAACAGUAUUUGACAAGAAGUGCAAGCCUCUUCUUGAGCUUGGAGAAGGCCCCUAUAAUACCAUACGAUGGAAUCCGAAGGGGAAAUUACUAUGUUUAGCUGGCUUUGGUAAUCUUCCUGGUGACAUGGCAUUUUGGGACUACAAGGAGAAAAAGCAGCUCGGAACAACAAAAGCCGAAUGUUCUGUUACCAGUGAAUGGUCCCCUGAUGGACGCUAUUUCAUGACUGCCACGACAGCUCCAAGACUACAAGUCGACAAUGGGAUAAAAAUUUUCCACUGCAAUGGAUCUUUAUACUUCAAGCAAAUGUUUGACAAGUUGUUUCAGGCCGAUUGGAAGCCAGAGUUGCCGGAUAAGUUUGGUGAAAUUGACCAACUAGUCAAGUCAGUAGAAUCACUAAAUGUUGAACCAAAGAAAACACAAGGGCAAGGGUCGAAAUCCUCACAAUCAUCGCAGAAAACUGCUCCUUCGAACCCUCCUGUUCAGAAGCCUGCUGCUUAUCGCCCCCCACAUGCAAAAAAUGCUGCUGCUAUUCAGGCAGAGUUGCUUGGAGAAAGCCCUAAAGAAACGAUGAGCAAGAAUGCGUUGCGAAACAAGAAGAAAAGGGAGAAACAAAAGGAGAAAAAGGCGGGCGAAGCUGCUGAUACAACAUAGAAAUUCAGUGGCUUCCAUGUAUACUAGAAUUUGCACGUGGAGCUUUGAGUUGAGACUUGGCUUUCUCAAAAAUGCCCUUCAAUGUCGGAUUCGGGUGGACAGCGAAGGGAGACUUUAGAUAGAUUCAAUCAAUCCUUAAAAAAUUUUGAGAAAAAAAUUUGAAUUUGAUAAAAGGCUUUACAGUUGAGUUAUUAUUCAUCAUGCCUGUAUGGUUUUAACGUUAAGGUCAGUGAUCUUUAGCUGCAUAUAUGAUAGUUUCGUCUGUUGGCACUCUGCAAAUAAUUUUGAUAAUGUAUUGUGGAGUGAUUUUUAGAAAACUACUUUAAGAAGUGUUUAAUUACAAAGUACUUUCCUGUUUGGUUUA